AUGGGACACCGGGAAGCGGGACAGGCACCGGGAACAGGGACGGGCACCGGGAACUGGGAUGGGCACCGGGAACUGGGACGGGCACCAGGAACCGGGACGGGCACCGGGAACCAGGAUGGGAACCGGGAACCGGGAACUGGGACGGGCACCAGGAACCGGGACGGGAACCGGGAACUGGGGCAGGCACCGGGAACCAGGACGGGCACCGGGAACCAGGACGGGAACCAGGAUGGGGCACUGGGACGGGCACCAGGAACUGGGACGGGCACCGGGAACCGGGAUGGGAACCGGGAACUGGGGUGCAGAUUUCCGGAUUUCGGGGUCCCCCAGCGCUCGGAGCGGCAGCGGCUGUUCAAGGCGGCCGCAGAGAAGCACCAGCAGCUCUAUCGCCUCGCCAUGACCGGCGCGGGCAUCGACCGGCACCUCUUCUGCCUCUACCUGAUGUCGCGAUAUCUCGGGACACAGAGCCCCUUCCUGGCCAAGGUGCUGGCCGAGCCCUGGCGCCUCUCCACCAGCCAGACCCCGCAGCAGCAGCUCCGAAUGUUCGACUUCGACAAAUUCCCCGACCACGUCUCCAGCGGGGGCGGCUUCGGGCCCGACUCGCAGCGUUUCGGCCGCAACAUCUGCCAGGCCAUGCUGGACAUCGCGGGGCUCUUCGACAAAACUGCCCCCCCCGCGGCCGGGGAGUGA